AAAAAUUUCGCUGUAUGCGGAUACCAAGCAGCAUCAUCCACCAAACCAACGGCUAAUCCACUGCCCCUCUCGACCCCGAGUCGCACACGCACACCCAACCCACACGUACUAGAGACUGCUUCUGCGCAUGUCUCUUUCGGCCCUCGUCAACAUAGCUGAUCCGACCCCGUUCGCCCGCCCGCCGCACAACCAUUAACCACCCCCUCGCCCAGUCCCCGCACCACCGUCACCAUGGCUACCGUCAACAUUCGCCGCGAUGUCACCGACCCCUUCUACCGCUACAAGAUGGAGCGCAUCCAGUCCAAGAUCGAAGGCAAGGGCAACGGCAUCAAGACCGUCAUCGUCAACCUGAGCAGCGUUGCUCAGUCCCUCGCCCGCCCGCCCGCUCACGUCAUCAAGUACUUUGGUUUCGAGCUGGGCGCCCAGACCAACACGAGCCCCAACGACGACCGUUGGAUCAUCAACGGCGCCCACGACGCCAGCAAGCUCCAGGACUACCUCGACGGUUUCAUCUCCAAGUUUGUCCUCUGCAAGAAGUGCAAGAACCCCGAGACCGACGUGCAUAUCAAAGAUGGCAACAUCACGCUCGACUGCAAGGCUUGCGGAAAGAUUUCCGACGUAGACCCCCGCCUCAAGCUCAGCUCCUUCAUCCUGAAGAACGAACCCAAGAAGGGCAAGAAGGACAAGUCCAGCAAGAAGGCUGAGCGCCGUGCCCGCAAGGAGGCUGAAGCCCGCGGUGAGGCUACCUCCCCCGACGGCGGCAGUCCCGGUGACAGCGCUGAGGAGAACGGUGAUGAUGGUGACAUGGCACUCGAGGCCGGCAGCGACGACGAGUUGACCCGCCAAAUCAACGAGGGCGCCAAGGAGAUUGAUGAGGAGGAUGCCAAGGAAGUUGAGUGGUCCAUCGACACUUCGGAGGCGGCCAUCAGGGCUCGUGCCCAGGACCUUCCCGACGACCUCAAGCGUGCCCUUGUCAUUGAGGAUGAUGACGAGGGCGGCUCCAGCUACGACACUUUCGGCAAGUGGAUCAUCGACACUGGCGCGGAGAAGGGCGGUGUUGAGAAGCUUGACAACGUUGACAUCUACGUCAAGGCCAAGGAGCUCGGCAUCGAAACCAAGCACCGCACGCUUACCGUCAUUCCCCAGACCCUCUUCACCGAGAAGAUCGUCAAGCAGAUGGAUGGCCGCGCUCCCAUGCUCAAGAAGAUGAUCACCUCGGACAAGCAUGAGAAGGCUUUCCUUGGUGGCAUUGAGCGCUUUGUUGGCAACGACAAGCCCGAGCUCAUCCCUCAGGUCUCGGCUAUCCUACUGAAGGUGUACGAGAACGAUCUCGUCUCGGAAGACCAGCUUAAGGGUUGGUGCUCCAAGGCCAGCAAAAAGUAUGUCGACCUCAAGGUCAGCAAGUCUGUCCGCAAGUCGGCCGAGCAGUUCAAGGAGUGGCUUGAGAAUGCGGACAGCGACGACGAGGACUCCGAGUAGGACCUCGACUGCAGCGACACGUGCAUGGUAAAAGUACGCGGAAUGUCCAACUGUUGUCAGUCAUUACCUUUGGUCUUGCUUGUCUUGUUUUGUUUUGUUUCAGAAGGCGUGUAGGUAACUCUACUCCUGUUUGCGACACACGUUUGGGCCAGUCGCGAUGACAGCCUCGUAUUCUUCUCCCCUCUAGAUAGCCUACUAAAGAAAUCUUGCUUUCGCACUACCUCGCUUCAGUGACCUGCAUUGCUAUACAUGAGCCCCACUUACCGUUCGCCGUUGCUAUUUCCUUCCACCAGGUGCUCGGGCCCAUCACUAUUAUACGCCCGAAGUUUCUGCAUGCAUUGUGGCGAACGCAUUGGAUUUGUGACAAUAGUUCCAUCCGGGCACGUAAAUGCAGCCGCAUGCCCCACCCCAAUGAUCGAUCUUCGCUAAAGCACUGCAAUCUCACCACGUAGUCUUGCCUCCGGUCCACU